CAGGUGAGUUGCCUGUGUGGCUGAAUUCAAAUGUCACGUGUAGAUGGAUAAGUUGAUAAACCAGUUAUCUACCGGUCGACUGCGCUAUGAUUGGGAGACGAAGCUAGCGCCGCCCACAGAUGGGCAACAAGCCAUCGAAUUCAAACAAGUCAGUUGUCAAAAAUUCCACUACGAGACCAUCCGGCCCCAUUGGUUGCAACAGCACAGUACCAGCCACAUUAAGUCAUUGCCCUUUUGAUAGCACGAUACAUGAGUGUUGUAGGAAGACCGACGGUACGGAUGGCAGACCAAACAACCGGUUAAAGGAAAAAGCAACCAAUCGUACACCCCUUGCCUUCCACUGUCAAGGUGCCCUUUGCGAAAAACACCACGGCGCGUUGACUUCUAACUCGAUCUAUCCCCUGAUAAUGGCAGAAGACACUAUCCCACUUAUGGCAAAAAAACGGACGCCAGUAAAUAAAACCUCAACUGGAAGCAAUUCAAACGCAAGUUGUGUUGCUUCUCGUGCUGGCAGUGCAAACAAGUAUCAUUCGGAUCAGAAUUUCUGCCAGUCAGGUUUGGGCUACCCUCACACGGAAGCUCAGCUAUACCGUUUAGCGGACUGCAAAAGGUCAGGCCGACGAAAAGCUAGAACAAAGAUGGGGCACGUUCCCGAAUGUCAAGUUUACGAACAGAAUACCCAUUCCCAAACACUUGUUCAGUCAAGUGGUUCUCGGAACUCAAUUGGUCCUUUGUUUGCAGCAGUACCAAGCCUACAACGGUUAAAAGACCUACUUGAGACCUUCAGCUCGUUAUUUUCUGUGCUUCCAGACGAUCUCCGGAACUCCAACGAGAAACUACUAGAUUUUCAGCUCUUGAGCUUUGGGGAUGAGGACUCGAUCCAAGCGUUUUCCUCUAGCUUGAACUCAAUGCUAGCAACCAUGCGUAAUCUUAUUCCAUCUCUGGAACGGCACAUAUUCGUUGCACAGGAUCUUUCUUAUGCUCUACAUAGACUGGAGGAAAGAAUGGCUACCUUUCAUAAACUUUUGACACAAAUGAAAACUCGUCAGGCUGCCAUUAAGUACUAGUCUAAAUCGCUGUUUUGAGCAUUCAGAUCGUGAAAUUUUGCUUGAAACAACCUGAACUUCUUCGUAAGGAUGUAUAGUGUACAAAAUUUUCACACACAUCCAAGAGGAUACUCACAGGUAUUUUACAGUUAAGAGGAGCUGUCGGGUAAAAAUAUGAGACGAAACACGGCAUUUC